UGACUUAGUUUUUAUGGUCCGCUAGAGUACCUAUCAGGUAGGUCAGGAGUAAACAACUGUCUCUCAUCUGAACGUUUCCCGGUUGCUUCCUCAGUCGUUGAACGUCGAAGCCCGAAUCAACUAUAUAACUGAAUUUAAGUAAUUAUAUUAUGAUUAAAAAUAAUAUUUACAUACUAGGUGAUGGUAGAUGAUUUAUUUAUUUACGUAGGUACACAAUUUUAUAGAAUGGAUAAUAAGAAAGUGUUAUUUUGUGUUACAUCAAGUGGUCUAAUAAAGUGUUAAAAAAUGAGUGUGUUAAAAAAGAAUGGAAGUUUGGACUCUAGGGGCGGGGUGCGGGACAGCCCUUGCUAUUUCUGCAAUGAGAUGUUUGAAAUGGGGAAGCUACAGAAUCACCUGAAAGAAUGCGGAAGCAUCUUGGAGCAAUGUCCUUUGAGGUGCGGGGCGUGGAUACAAAGGAAACACAGAGACACGCACGUCAAGGAGUGUCCAAAACUGGAGAAGAGUCGCAAGUCUUCUACCUAUACCAAGACGUGGAGUCCCGAGCCACACACGUGGCUGCCACAAGCCACGCCGCACAUGGACGACAGGAUCGCCAGGAUCGAGAAAGAAGUGGAUGCGAUCAAAAUAGCACUCGCCGAAGAAUCCAGCCAAAGGGAUCUCCAGCAAACAGACCUGGAAAAUCUCCGCGCAAAGUUGGCACGUAUAGAAGAAAAUAGCCAACACUUUCUGUCUACGCUGGCUUCAACGAGAGCAACCGUGGAUGAGGAGCAAGAAUUGACGAGCAAUUGGGCAGCUCAAAUUAGGCAUGAUUUGGCUAAUGUCCAGAUAACUCUGCAGGAUUUACAAAACGAGCAACUAAACACAGCAAUGAGGUUGGAGAGUGCCACCAACCAGCUGGUGAAUGAACAGCACGAGAGAGAACUGCUCGAGCAGGCGCUUACACACCAGGAUAGCAGGAUUAGAGCUGUCAAUAAACUUGAGGACGUGAUAAACUACAUAAGGCAGACAGUAGAAGAGGAACGGGAGAGGAACGCAGAAAGCCGGGCGGUGUUGGAAGCAGAGCUCACGGAAGCGAGGAGGUCGUCGCAGCAGCUGACGCAGCUGGCGAUGGUCAGAGAGCAGCUGCAGACGACGGAGCCUGAGAGACCGGCUCUCGACCGCCUAGCAAUCCUGGAAGUAGCCACGGCAGACGCCCGCGCAGAAGCGCAGGAGCAUUCCGCCAAGAUGGACAUCAUCAUCCGCGACAUGAGGGCACUUACUAAAUCCUACAACAAACUGAGGAGUGAACUGGCCGACUUCCAGUCUAGGGUCAGCUUUGAGAGGUUCGAGGCUGGGAGUGAUAACGGACAUUUCCUCUGGAGGAUAGACAGGUUCACAUCUAGAAUGAAGGAAGCGAAAGAGAAAGACACAGUUCUCACCAGCCCGUACUUCAGGACCGAUAAAUAUGGAUACACAAUGAAGGCUGAACUGAACCUUAAUGGCAUCGGGCGCUGGAAGGGGCGACACGUGACGUGCACUGUGCGGCUGGUCGGCGGGCCGCACGACUCUCUGCUGGAGUGGCCGUGCGACCUGACCAUCACCAUAGCUGUGAGGGACCAGCCUACUAAUAGGAAUCAGGCAAUGGACAUAGUGAAAACCCUGCAAGUCCGUCGGAAGACCUCGCCCAGUUUGGACUACGACACCGAAGACGAGAAAACCAAAUCCACCGAGGCUUUAGACAAGUCAGUGGUCCAACUCAAACGGCAGUACGUGUUCUUCCCACAUACAAGUCUGGACAAGUUGGAUUAUGUGAAGAAUGACGUCAUGUUCCUAGAAUUCACUGUACUGCAAUAAAUUGUUGCCAAAUUGUAGCCAUAACCUUAAAAUUCUUAAGUAAUUUUAAGGUUAUGGCUGAUUUAUGCCAUUGACGAGCGACCAUAGCCCAUGACAUGAUCAGGCUUUAGUAGACCGUCGGAAUGGAGAUAAAUAAAUGGACAACACUCAACGGCCCACACUAAGACCUUGUAUCGCAACGGCUUGUAUCGCAGCGAGACUCUGAUAGACACAAACACAGAAACGUGCACAAAUUGUGCCCGUGUGUUGUGUUCUGGGUGUGAUGUGCUGCACAACAUAUCAAGAAGAAGAGUAAGAAAAAAAUAUGAUUACUCGACAAAAAAAAUCUUCAACUCACUAUCCGACAUAAAAUUAACAAUUCAGUAUAAAAAUUUUGUCGAAAAGGCGACCAAUGAUGCACUACCUUUUUUCAAGUUCAAAAACGGUACUUAAAUGAGUACAGUUGUCCACUUAAGAGAUUAUUUUUUUAGUUUUAUAAAAUUAAAGCGGUGGCGGUGUGCCUAAUGGUUAAGACGCCCGCCUGUGAACCGAAAGGUCACAGGUUCGAAUCCUACUCGUGCCAUAGGACUUUGUAUACCAAUCUGGCUCUUACUUAAUAGUUUUCAUCGACCAAUCUGCUUCCGGCGAAGGAAAACGUGAAGCAUCUUGCACUUUGGUUGAUUAUCGACUUGUGUGUGAAAUGGAGUAGGCAACGGCAAACCACACCAAUAAUAAUGCCAAGAAAGUCGUUAUGUGUGUUUCAUUCAACGUCAACCACUAUCCUCGGGCUUGAGGAAUACAAGACUAGUUAUAAAGAGAAAGAAUUGAUAAAAAUGUGACGAUAGCACUAGUGUGCGUGUUGGUUUUUAAACGUAUUUUAACAUUCCACCGGAUACUAUAAAAAUAUACCUAUAUUUUAAUUUGUAUUUAAUAUAAAAAAAAUAUACCUAUAUUUUAAUUUGUAUUUAAUAUAACCUAUAUUUAAUUUAUAUUAAAUUAAUAAUAAAUUAAAUGCACAGUG